AUGAACCCCAACGUGGGCGCGCCCAACAUGAACCCCAUGGGCGGGCCGGUGGGCGGUGGCGCGCCGAUGCCCAUGAUGAACAAUGUCGCCGGCAACCCCCAGGCCGCCGCGGCGGCCGCGGCGGCCGCGAGACAGCAACAGCUCAACGACAACCAGCGGGGGGUCCUCAACACGUACAUCUACGAAUACUUCAUCCGCUACGGCAUGUACGAAUGUGCACGCUCGCUCCUCUCGAGCGACCAGCAGGUCAACGUCCUUAAGGAGGGCGCCAACCGUCGUCGCGACGAUGGUGGCAAUGCCGUCAACGGCACAGACGAUCCCAUGGAUACCGACUCCAAGUCCGAUCUCGACGGCAAGCUCCCCGACGACCUGCCACCCCCCAAGCUGCCCAUGCCCGCCUCCGACACCUCCUUUCUCCACGAAUGGUUCUGCCUUUUCUGGGACAUCUACAACGCUCAACGCGCAAAGGGCGGCAACGGCACCGUCAACCAAUACGUCUCUCAUACCCAGCAACAGUCUCGGCUGAAGCAGAAUCAUCAGCAGGAGUUGCUUCGCCAGAUGCGCCCCGACCUCGCCGCGCAACAGCAGUAUCAAGCUCACAUGAUGCGGAACCUGCAGAACGGAAACGUCAACAUGGGCAUGAAGCAGGGUAACCUUGCCCGUGCCGCCAUGGCCAACAAUCAGCACCCGCAGAUGAUGUUGCAGCAGGCCAAACAGAACCAGAUGCAGCGCGACCCGUCCAACAUGGAUGCGAAUCGCGAGCGCCCCUCGUCUCCCGCUUCGGGCGAGAAUGCCCCCUCGCCUUCCAAACGGCCACGCAUCGAAGGCGCACCCUUCAAUCCGAACCAGCCAGGGGCCAUGAUGGCCAACGGAAGACCGGGACAGGGCAUGCCCGGGCAGCAGAUUGCCGGCAACCCGAACGCCGCCGCCGCUCACCAGAUGCUCACCGCCAACGGCAUCAACCCAAACACCCUAAACCCCCAACAGUUCCAGAACUUUGUCAACGCGCCUCCCGCGGCCCAGCAGAAAUCGAUUGCCACGUACUCGCAGAACCUUCAGCAGCACCACGGCACGCAAAUGGGGGGCAAGCAGAUGCCCAACGCCGCUGGACCCCAGAACCAAGGUUCCCCGAUGAUGCCGCAGGGUCCUGAUGGAUCCGCCCUCAAUGCCUUCUACAAUCCGGGUGAGAUGACGGGCCCCGGUGGCAUCCGACCCGGGCCUGGCGCACAGGCGGGCGCCGGCAGCAACCACGCCCUCCAGGAUUACCAGAUGCAGCUGAUGCUCCUGGAACAGCAAAACAAAAAGAGGCUUAUGAUGGCUCGCCAGGAGCAGGACAACAUGCCUGGCAUGCCGCGAGAGCCGGGCGGUCCUGGCGGACCAGGAGGGGCCCAGGGCCCCAACGGCCAGCCGUUUCCUGAAUCGUCCCCUCAGGCAAUGCGCUCAGGAGCAUCUCCCAACCCCUCCGACCAGAUGAAGCGGGGCACACCGCAGAUGAACAACUCCAGUGUCCCAUCGCCUGUUCCCGAGGGUGGGCAAUCCCGCGGCUCCCCCAAUCCGACAAUGAACUUCAUGGGCAACCACGUGGACCCCAACAUGGCACCUCACUUUUUCAAGGGAGUGGAGGGCAACAUGGCUGCUGCGCAGGCGCAGAUGAAUGGUGGCAUGCGACCCCCCAGCUCGCACCCCGGCCAACCGUUCAAUGGCCAGAUGAAUCCGCAGCAGAUGAUGGCUGCUCGUCAACAGCAGCAGCAACAGCAGCAGCAGCAGCAACAGCAACAGCAACAGCAACAGCAACAGCAACAGCAGGGCCAGCAGCCGCAGCAAGGUCAGCAACAGGGAGGCCAGGGCACUCCGCAGCAGUGGCAGCAGGGGCCAAAUGGCCAAAUGGUGCCGCAGGGGAUGCCACAGCAGAAUCCGCAGAUGCAAGGGACGCCACAGCAGCGUUCGAUGCCUCCUCCAUCGGCACCGGCCGCCGCUGGCAACAAUGCUAACAACCGCACGACGGCAUCUCCUCAACAGGCCUCUGCCGCGCCACCAACACCCAACCAGUCAAACAAGGCUGGCCCCAAGAAGAAGGAAACAAAGGCCAAAGACAAGCGUACCGCCGCUCAGAAGAAGGCAAGUCAGAACACAGGCAACGCCGGCGCCACCCCGGCCGGCGAAUCGAGUGGCGAGCCCGAUGGUCCCGCACCGGCCACGCCUAUCACCCCGGUCAACCCAGGCUUCAACAAGAACGGCGCUCCCGCUUCGGCGCCGGCUCCCCAAGCGGCGCCGGCAGCCUCGAUGCCACAACAGGGUCAGGGUGAUCCAAAUCAAAACGGUUCCAUGAGCAUGGACAACUUUGGCAGCAUGGUCGAUUUCGGAAGCAUGGAGCUGGCCAAUCCGCUGCAGUCGGGCGAUGUCCUGAACGAUUUCGACUUUGACUCGUUCCUGCACGAAGACAACAACGAGCCCUUCGACUUCAACGGGGCGUUCCCUGGGAUGGAGGGCGGCGAAAUCGGCGCCGAGUGA